AUGCUUGGACUCUUCUCUAAGGCGCUCUCCUACUUCUGGAGGCGUGCAGAUGACAAAGAAGGAGAAGAGGAGAGAUGGGACGACUCAGGUGAUAAAGAAUUAAAAACUGUGCAAGGAGUAGUGACUAGAUUUUGCCAUGAUUAUGGGAUGAUAGAUGACAUGAUCAUUUUCACCAGGGAUGCUGUUACAAAAAAUAUGCUGCUGACCAUUGGGCAGGAAGUUACUGCCACUGUUGAAGAGGAUAGAACAUCAGGUGGCUUGAAGGCCUUGAGGGUAGAUGCUGUCCAGAAUACAUGGGAAAGCUCCACCUCUACUUGUGAGGCUUCUGAACUAAAUAUGAAAAUAUUAAUCGGCAAUAUUACCUCUCUCUCUAAGGAUGGUGGCUAUAUUAAUCAGAAUACUUUUUUUGCAAUGGAAAACGUCUGUGAAGGCUUCACACCUUAUGAAGGUGACUGGGUGCAAGCAAAAUAUUUUAUUAACCCAACAACAUGGAACAGUGAAGCAGUUGCUGUAAAGCCUUUGAGAUACAAGCCAGUAGACAAGGUUCGCAUUUCCAGGAUCUGGGGAAGAAGUGGUACUGUAGAUGAGAGUAUAUUUUUCACUUUGGAUUCACUGAAACUUCCCAAUGGCUAUUCACCUUGUAGACAUGAUCUAGUGAACACGGUCGUGGUGGAGAGCAGUCAGUCGUGUUAUAUUUGGAGAGCUCUUUGCCUGGUGCCAGUCAGCCAGAAUGGACAAUCUCACUCUAAUGAAGUCGAUCUGGAUGAGUCCUAUGAAAUCUUAAUGAGAGACAAAAGAUUGGAAGUACCAAGAAUGACUGAUUUUGGAACUCUGAAGCAGGGGGAAUCUAAAAAAAUCAUCAUUUGGAUAGAGAAUAAAGGAAGUAUUCCACAGUCCUUAAUCAGCUGCAGAUUAGCUGGAUGGGUGAAAGACAAGCAAUUCAGUUUUCAGAUUCCUCAAAAAUAUGAGAACAGUCCAGAGGCCUAUCUGUCAUCCUUUCCAAUAAAUCAAGAAACCCUUUCAAAAGCUGCAAUUAAUUCAUGUAAUGACAAUGGAAAAGCAACCUAUGAGUCAUUGAAAAAUGCAUCAAUUACGAAGAAUGGAGUCAUUCAAGAAGGAAUUAAUCAUCAGGAUAAACAUUUAUCAAAGGCAAAAGAAAACUUUUCUGUGGUGAAAUGUGAAAAUCUACAUAAUGAAAAAAAUGAGCAAAGAGGUGAUGUGGAACAGCCAGUAGAGCAUGUUGAUAAUCCUGGAGAAAUUGUUGUACCACCAGGUGGAAAGAUAUCCAUAGUGAUCAUAUGCACAGCUGUAAUUCCUGGGUACAGUAAAGAACUCCUGUUGCUUGGUUUUUCUGAUAUUACUGUUGGACACUGUAUUGAAGCCACUGUAACAACUGAAGAAGAAUUAUUGAUAACACCUGUGGAACCAUUUUCUCUGAGGAGGCCUAAAAAUACUCCAGAACCUCAGCCAAGGAAGACAGCAGUGAUUGCCCCUAAAUACAAAAGAACUUCCAGAAAGUUGCCAAGCUUCCUCCCAUAUUAUACCAUACCAGAUGAGUUAAGAAAAUGUGUGGAGCAGAGGUUAGACAUCCUGACCUUUCAGCCCCUCCUAGCAGAGCAUCUUAAUCUAGAUAAUUAUAAGCCCAAAUUUUCUACUCUCUUGUGGCUUGAAGAGAUCCACGCAGAAAUGGAAAUAAAAGACUUUAACAUGAGUGGUGUUACUCUGAAAAGGAAUGGAAACUUCUUGGUGUUGGAAGUGCCAGGAGUGGAAGAGGGCAGACCUCGCCUGGUUACAGGUGAUAAGGUGAUACUGAAAAGUCAGGUCUACUCUGAGCAUGUAAUAGAGUACAUUGGCUAUAUUACUGAGAUAUGUAAUGAGGAUGUUACUCUUAUGUUUAAUGCAGACUUUGAACAGACUUACAACUUGGAACCCAUGGAUGUAGAAUUUGUUCAUAGCAGGCUUCCUAGCAGGAGAUGCCACAUGGCAGUUGAGCAAGCUGUCCACCUGGGUGUGAAAGUCUUAUUUCCAGAAAAGCUUGCCUUAAAAUCGCCACAAGCUGUAAAGACCCAGAAUACUACUGAGUAUUGUGGUGUUGAUGACCUUCAACAGUGUUCCCAGCAAGAAAGAAAGGUCAAAAAAAUGCAGAGCAAACAGGCAAAAUGGAUGGCUUCAAGGGACACGGACAUAACAGAUGUGACAAGAGUAGCUGCACGAGCAAACCCACAUGUUGGUGAAACUGUGACACUUAAACAGAGAGAUGGUGCAUUUUUCAAUCCUGUGUUGAAUGAGCAACAGAAACUGGCAGUGAAAAGGAUCUUGAGUGGUGAAUGUCGUCCAAUACCUUACAUUCUCUUUGGACCACCAGGAACUGGGAAGACAGUAACAGUAAUUGAAGCUAUUUUACAGAUACAUUAUACUCUGCCAGACAGUCGAAUUUUGGUUUGUGCACCAUCAAACGCUGCAACAGAUUUGAUUUGCUUGCGUCUUCAUGAAAGCAAUAUGUUAAAGCCAGGAGCUAUGGUCCGAAUUAAUGCUAGUUUCAGGUCAACAGAGCAAAUUGAUGACCUAGUGAAACCUUACUGCAAAGAUGGUGAAGAUAUUCAGAAAGCAUUGUGGUUCAGGAUAAUAGUUGUCACAUGCAGCAGUGCAGGAAUGUUUUAUCAAACAGGAAUAAGGCUUGGACACUUUACUCAUGUGAUUGUGGAUGAGGCAGGGCAAGCAAGUGAACCAGAGAGCCUGAUUCCCAUUGGAUUGAUUUCAGAAGCUAAUGGACAGAUAAUUCUUGUCGGAGAUCCAAAGCAGUUAGGGCCAGUAAUAAAAUCUAAAAUUGCACUGGCUUUUGGAUUAAAUGUAUCCUUGCUGGAAAGACUGACAUCAAGAGAGAUAUAUGAGAGAGAUGAGAAUGCUUUUAGUACCUGUGGAGCAUAUAAUCCUUUGUUGAUCACAAAACUUAUAAAGAACUACAGGUCACAUUCUGCAUUGCUUGCCUUGCCAUCUCAGUUGUUUUAUCAUAAGGAACUAGAAGUUUGUGCAGACGAUUCAGUAGUAACUGCUCUGUUGCAUUGGAGCAAAUUGCCCCGGAAGGGAUUUCCAUUAAUUUUUCAUGGAAUAAGGGGCAGUGAAGCCCGUGAAGGUCACAGUCCCUCAUGGUUUAAUGCAGCUGAAGCAGUUCAGGUAAUGCGGUACUGUUGCCACCUUGCUAAAAAUGAAAAUGCUGCAGUGUCGGUGGCUGAUAUUGGAGUGAUUACACCGUAUCAUAAACAGGUGGAAAAAAUUAGAUUUCUUCUGAGAAGUAUUGAUUUGGCAGACAUUAAAGUUGGCACAGUAGAAAUGUUUCAAGGACAGGAAUACACAGUUACCAUCUUAUCAACAGUGCGAUCUCAUGGAGGUUUAUUUGGUGAUGACAGACACUGUUUGGGAUUUCUCUCUAACCCUAAGAGAUUUAAUGUAGCAAUUACUAGAGCAAAAGCUUUGCUGAUCGUUGUGGGAAAUCCUCAUGUUCUUGUGAAAGAUCCCUGUUUCUGUGCACUGUUAGAAUACAGUGUAAUGAACAGAGUUUAUGUGGGUUGUGACUUGCCUUUAGAACUGCAACACCUGCAGGAGUAA